UAUAUAUAUACUCAGGUGCUCGUUGAGGGUGACAUUAGACUGGUUGGAUAAGCCGUCAUCAUGGCAGCUCAGAUAGUGAUAUUCUCAUGCCUUGUGAUGGUGGCCCUGGCGCGUCCUGAACAAUCAGCUCUCAAUCUCCAAAACUUCCAAUCAAGGUCUCCCAGAGUGCACAGCGUAACAGCACAUGCCAACUCUGAUGCUAUACCAUACACAUCACAAGGAGGUUUUCAGGGCAAGACUGCUGACUUCAAUCCCACAGCAUCUGCAUCAGCGGGAUACCAGGGCACCGCAGGUCACCAAACUUCUGCGAGGGGUCACCAGGCUCCAGCAUCUGUAGCCUACCAGGCUCCAAUUUACACAGCCUUUGACCAAAGUGGUGGAGGAGCUGGUGCAGGAUACCAGAACCCCGAGUCACCAGGAUACAGGGCUGGAGGCGGCAUUAUAUUCAGUGGUGUACCAUCUGGGGGGCAGGGAGGGAAGGCAGUUCCCGAGUACGAUGGUUCAACUUUCCACGGUGCCGACCAAGUGGCUCACCCCCACACCUUUGGAUACGCCGUCGAUGACUCCUACUUCGGGAACCAGCACGCUCACAAUGAGUACUCCGACGGGCAGACCACCAAGGGAUCCUACAGAGUGUUACUUCCGGAUGGCCGCACACAGGUCGUCAACUAUUCAGCCGAUGCCAAGAGUGGCUUCCAGGCUCAAGUGACCUAUGAGGGUGAAGCCAAACCAUAUCAGCCUCCUGAGAAGGCUGCUUCUGGCUUCAACCCACAAGCUGCUGGUGGAGGUGGAAGUCCCUCAUAUCAAGAACAACAAGCACUCUAUCGACCUUCUGCCUAGUGCAUUACACACACCCUCUACUACUUUGUUGAUUUUGUCUGUUAUGUGAUCUUUGUGUAAUACAAGAUAACAAUGGA